AUGGCGGACCCUAAUCUAGAUCCCAACCCCGAAGAGCUCGAGGCGCUCAAGCAGGCCAUGGGGGGCGGCGAUAAGAAGAAGACAGAAAAGACUGCACGCCAGAAGCUGAUGGAGGAGAUCAUGGAUCUCGGUGGGAGAGCAUUCAACCCGGACUCAAGGGGUGACUCGCAAGCGCGGGCGCAAGCUGUUCGUGAUUUCGAGGCUCUCAUUGAAAGGCAAGCCUCCUCACCUUUAAGCCCCAAGGUGACCAAGACACUGUCAUUGCUGGCCUCUCUGAACAUCCUCAUCAGGCCCGGCAACACCCCCGACUGGUUGCGCCUUAAGCUCAGGGAAUACCUGACGCUGAUACCUCUCCGUGAGGAUGGCGUUAGGGCGAGUUUGGAAUUUGCCUUUGCUGUUCAUCCUGCCAGCACCGUCAAGCUGUCCGAGGCCGCUGUACCGCAGAAGAGAGGCGCCAACAUCACUCAUGAGGCCCUCGUGUUGGCCAGUAACUUGUUAUCGUCACCACCUUCUACCGUAACUCCGGAAGAGUGGUACUCGGGUAUCGCACCGCAGUUGUUUGCGCUGCUUGAUGGAGGAGAGGGACCUGAGCUCAAAAAGGUUGUUGCCUAUGUUAUUGGAUUCGGCAUUCUGGGCCGCAAGGUCUCUGGUGCUCCAGGCACCGCCGGCUGGAAAUACCUUGCAGAGCCCCUGUUACAUCACAUCAAGCCACCCCCGGGAGGAUUACCCAAGGCAGAGACAGGUGAUGAUGACGAGGUGAUUGACCUAAGCAAGGACAAGGUCCUGGUUAAGCAGAAGGACCUAGUAACUGCACUACAACGACUACACGCACUGGUCGUUUCACAUCCGAAUCCCGGCUUGUGCAAGCGACUUCUCUCUCCUUUACUGCUGCCACUCUGGGCACUUACCACUUGGCCAAACUCGGAGAAGCCUUUGAGCGAAAAGAUUACGGAACCCGCUUCGGAAUUACUCAAGAUCUUCCUCAAGCUUUCACCUUCUGCUCCUGUCCUUUUAGCGCUCGUCCACAACCUGGCUUACGUGGGUGGCUUUGACAAGAAGAAACCCGAGUGGGUGUACAAGCAAACCGAACAAGGAGAGAUUCAAAUUGUCGAUACCAACCGUCCUCUGCAAAAGCCAGGGGAGCAAUACAUCGGCCUUUCACUUCCAGAAAUCGAUCAAAAGAUACCCAAACUGCUGGAGUUGAUUGGUUCAACUUUUUCCGAGGCCGAUGUCUCCUCAGCAUUUCUCGAUCUCUUCGGGCGGUGGCUCAAGUCAGCCCGAGGCCAGAAAAAGAGCGGGAUUCAGAUUAUCAAAGAGGAAGAGGAGGAGAAAGACCCGAUAGCCCAGUUCACCGAGGUCAAGCUUCUCCUGGCCAUGAUGGAAAAGUUCCCCGAGAAACUCGCCGGGCAACCCAAACACAUCCUCGAGCUAGUCAGCCAGGUGCUCUCGGAAGCCAACAAAGAUACGGCGGAAGAGGCCGGGGAGGACGAAGUGAUCAGAGUAGCCCUCAGUCUCCUCAACAUGGUCAUCACCGUCCCCGGCUUCCAAAAGAAGCGUGUCGACCCUGAUGUCCUUCGUGUCAUUGAAUCCUCCCUUGAAGCCCUCUCCAAAACAGGCGACAACGACAACGCCAAAACAGCUUCCAACCUCACCCUCCUCCUGCGCUACCGCGACGAAAUCGACGCCCUCGAAGCCGCCGACUCAUCCUCUUCCACCACAACAACCGGUGGUCCCACAGACCGCCAAAUUGAAGACCGCAAGACCUACUCCCUCGCUAUCUCCUACAUCACCCAACCCGAUUCCCCCCCGCCCGUCCGCUCCGAAGGUCUCAACCUCAUCUCGAACCUCAUCACCUCCCACUCCCCCAUUCUCGACAUCCCCGGCAUCCUCGUCCUGCUCGCCACCCUUCUCUGCGAGCCCAACUCUUCGGAAGAAGAUUACAUCCACCUCCGCUGCAUCAAGCUCUACACCCAACUAGCCAACGCCCACCCGCGCGCCGUCCUCACCGACCUGAUCGACCGCUACCUCGACCCGCGCGAAUCCGCCUUGGCGACAGUCGACGCCCGCCUCCGCUUCGGCGAGGCCUUACUCCAAGUCGUCGACCGACUGGGCCAGACGUUUACCGGCGACUUGGCUAAGAUGACUUGUGAAGCCCUGAUCAGCCUGGCGUCGCGCCGGGGGCACCGGCCCAAGACCAUGGCGCGCCAAGCGCGCGAGGCAAAGGCGCGGGAGCAGAAGCAUAAAGAAGCCGAAGACGCGUGGGACGGCAGCGUGCCGGAUAUGGCGGAUCCGAUUUCUGCUGAGGAGCAGGCUAGGCUGGAUAUCUUGGAGGCGAUUGUGGAAGGGUGGUCGUCUGGUACUUCCAAAACGGGCGAGGAGGAUGUAAGGAUUCGUGCCUCUGCGUUGUCGAUUCUGGCGAAUUGCAUCGAGACGAAUAUCGUUGGUGUCGGGGCGGUGUUGACGAUGGCCAGCGUGGAUCUGUGCAUUAAUGUUGUGCAGGUAGAGCGGCAGCUGGAGAAGGGGAUACUCAGGAGGGCGGCGGUGAGGCUGAUUAUGAGCUUUAUCAAGGCCAUGGAUGAGGCGAAGCAAGAGGGGAGGGUGUUGGGGAUUGCGUUUGGGAGUGAGACGCAGGAGCAGCUGAGGACGAUUCUGGGGUAUGUGGAGCAGACGGAUGAGGAUGGUUUGGUCAGGGAGUAUUGCCGGGAUGUGCUGGAGAGCUUGGAGAAUUGGAAGAUGAAUAACUUGGUGGAUGAAGUGUCGUUGAGCCAGGCGAGAGGAGGAGGGUUUGGUGGUGGUGGGCUAACGAAGUUGGCUGGGUUGGUUGUUGACCCGGAGAGGUCGGUUUCCCGUGGUGGUGGUGGUGAGAGUGCUGGAAGGAGUGGCGGUGUUGAGAUGUUUGGCGGUCGACCUAGGAUUGAGGAGAUUGAGUAAAAGAUCCUCAACCAGCAUGGGACCAUAUUUAUUCAAAAUGAUUUCAUGUCAGGUGCUGAACAGUCUCCUUCCAUUCCGUUUUGUAACAUCAGCGUCUUCGAGGGUCUUGACCUGACUGUGUAGGUGUGUAUCGGAAAAUCAUCAGGGAGAGAUAUUACCAAGGAGACUUGAGUGACCGAUAAGAAUAAUAUACCUGGCUAUGUAUCUAAGUGAAG